GAUAUUGCACUCAGUUACAAAUAAUACUUUCACCAAAAGAGUCUCUCAUUAAGAAUAUAACUCAUACUUUGAACAAAUUGGAUUGGCAGUGUCCUAACUAUCCGUGGUAUAAAAAUGCAAAAAAUAUACAUAUGUUGCCUAUUGAUUGCUUACCUCCACAUGAGCUUAUCGGCUGAACCCAAAUAUCACGUUGCCACUUAUGCGAGCAACUGGUUCGAAUCGGCAGAGUACUGUCAUCGAAUGGGCCGGCGCUUGGCAAUCGUCGAUUCCGAAAGGAAGCAUUCAGCGGUCGUUGCAGCAGCGAAGAAAACGCAACUUUGGUCAUCAGGGAACUUUGGCGUCUGGCUAGGUGCCACUGAUCUUGCUCGGAGAAACAAUUUCGUGUGGCACAGCACCGGAGAGCGGGUGGAAUUUGCCAAAUGGAGAUUCGCCGAGCCAAGUGGGGGCAACGAACAUUGCUUGGUGCUGCAGUACUGGCCGUGGUUGGGAUUUUUCUGGUCGUGGAACGAUGCCUCGUGUGAUAAGAAGUUGUAUGCAAUUUGUGAGGCUGAUCCAACUGUGGAAUGUAUUCAAGCAUUGUGAUUGGGAAGUAAUAACGUGUUUGGAGCGCUUUGUACUGAAUGAUGGUUAAAAUAAAUGGAAUUUUAUCUA